AGCUCUUGAAGGUGGAGGAGCGCACGCGUCAACUGCGGCAACAAUUGCGCCAAAUGGAGGGCGAGAGUCAGAAGUUGUGUCAGGAAAGGGAAUCGCGUUUAGAGGGAGAGCGCCGGCGGGAAGAGCAGCGCCGCCAAACGGAGCUUCUGUUGCGUCAGCAGGAGGAGGCGCUUCUGAGACGCGCGAGUGACCAGGACAUCGGCCAAUUGCGGCGCCAGGAGUCCGAACUCCGCCAACAGGCCAACGCUCUGCAGCAACUGCUCGACCGCCAGGAGGCGGCCCUGCGCUCCAUGUCUGACGGCGGCGUCGGCGCAGUCGCACUUCAGCCGCAGUUGGAUCUGACGUCAUACCAGCAGAACAAUCAGUCGACUCUCGCGCAGUCGGGAAAUCAGUUCCUGUCGUCAAUGCGGCCGCAAAUGGCGCCGCAGAACGUCAUGCAGAACGUGCAGCACAACCUCCCGCCCCAACACGCCGUUCCCCAACACGCGCCGCCUCCGCCCCCUCAGCAGCAGUGGCGCGGCGGCGGACAACAAAUGAAUCACUCGUUCAACAAAAGGAACCGAAGAUUU